UACAUCACUAAAGAUGAGAAAGACUGGAGCAAUAUUACAUCGAGCAAUGGAUGAAUAUUUAUCUUAUUUAGCCAUUAGAAAUCGACUUCACCUUUUUUCGGUUGAGCUAUUACAUCGGAAUACUCAGUUUACUGCUUGGGGAUUAUUUGAUAUUGAUAAAAGUCUCUUAACAUCAAUCGUGAGUUCGAUGAUUACAUAUAUGAUUAUUUUGAUACAACUGAAAGAUAGUUUUCAACACUGAAGAGAUCAAUAACCUAGAAAAUACAUUUCUAACUUAUCAGAUAAGCUCAUCAACCCGCCUGCUUGUUUUUCACGCCUAGACUCAUUGUUCAUAAGCUAUAUGACACAUUAAUAAAUUAUCAAAAUAGCUAACUAUUUAUUAAAUUUUUUUUUGAAAUAGAUUGAUGAUGAUAAAAAAAAUAUUAACA